AUGCUGAAAACCAGUCCUACCGACUCAAAGUCAGGAUGGGUGGGGGAGAAGAAGCUGGAGGCGGAAGGGUUGGUGGAGGCGGAUUUGGAGGCGGGGGGGCAACCGGAGGUGGCAACAUUGGUGGCGGGAAGGGGUCAGGAGGAGGGGACAUUGGUGGUGGAAAAGAGGUCGGAGGGGGAAGACGUGGAGGUGGGGGACUUUCCGGAGGUGGAGCAUUCGAUGGCGGAGGCGAAUCGGGAGGGGGCAGGCUUGGGGGUGGGGCCGCGUCCGGGGGUGGCGGAGAAUAAGUCAGGGGGUGGUGGCGGCUGCAUUUCGGGAGGGGGGGAGCGUGGGAGGAGGGGGAGAAGUCGAGGGGGUGGCGGCGGAGGCGAAGGUCCGGAGGUGGCGGGGAACGUUCGAGGGGUGGUGGGCGGCGUGGACGAGUUCGGGGAGGGGGGGAGGCGGUGGGAGGGAGGGG